UAUUCAAAGCGUGUUGCGCGUUCGUAAAUGCAUGAGUUAUUCUGCGCUCUGGCACACUCAAACGAAAGUACUCUGAAAUCCGAGUAGAUAGCCUAAAUUAAUUUAUGAACGCACCCUUAGUGGUUUUUCUCAAAGUUGCUGGAAUGCUACGUGCAUCCACUUAUAUCAUUUUACAUUUACAUUUUAGUCAUUUAGCAGACGCUCUUAUCCAGAGCGAUUUACAGUUAGUAUAUCAGUACAUUUGUAACAGCCUAAACAUUACGAAACGUCUAUUCAAAUAAUCCUCACGUAAUUCGACACUCAUAGACCUCCAUAUAAAAAAAGCGCAGACAGAUUUUGGGCGGAGUAAAUCCUCUUCGCCUCUUCUAUAGGGCUGGACGAUAAGAGAUAAGUACACCUGACCUGUACGCGUUCCUGAAUUUAAUAGACUGGACAAGACCAAAACAAAUGAUAUUUCGAUUCAAAUGUAUAUGUUUAACAGACUGUCUGCAGUUGGUUAGUUAGCGUCGAUUCGUAGCUAAGAAAACUCCGACAAAAGCCAUCAUCUGUCAACAUCACCACCGGGAAAUUUCAACAUUACUUUCUGCCUGGCUGGAAGUGUAGGAGUUGGUGGUCUCAUAUAGGAUCAAAUUGAACUGUCUGUAUUAGACAGAACCCUGGUAUGGUACCAUAUACAUAUGCUGUUCAUAGGAUAUGCUUUCUACCUAGCUACUAAAUUAUCCACUAACGUUAGUCUGCUCAUCACUGAAUUUUGGGCUAGCUAACUAGUUAACAUUAGCCUAGCUUUCGUUAGCCUAGCCAGCUAAGCGGUCUCACCAAUUAAAUGGGUCACGCACAGGCACAGCUGCUAGUUAGCCAGAUAGGAUGGAUAAUAUGAAAGUCGAAUUGUUCUCUUCAAUGAGUGUAUAUUUUGAGGACAUUAUUUUCAUACACUGGAUACGCUUGGUGGUAUUGUUGUUGAUUCAAUGACGACAUGCUCCACUCUCAUUUACUGGAACAUGUUUGUAGCUAACGUCACUGGCAACGCGCUAGUCGAUGUUAUUGUUAGCAAGCUAGCUGCCUAUGUAGUUAGGUAGCUAACUAGCUAGCAAGAUAUCGGUGACUGUUUAUCUGCUCCGGACGCUCAAAACCAGGAGAAAUCAAAACUAGCCACCGUUUUUCGUAAAUCAUGAAAAAUUGCGAAUACCAACAAAUCGACCCGCAGGCACUUUCAACGCCUACACCAACCCCGACCCUGCCGCCGCGACCCGCUGUUGAAGAAGAGAAGGAGGAAGAAAGGGCACGGAGAAAAUGGGAAGUUUUCCCCGGCAAGAAUCGCUUCUACUGCGAUGGACGGUUCAUCGUGGCUCAACAAAGCGGUGUCCUACCACUAACCCUCGGCCUCAUUCUGGUCACCACUGUACUGUUCUUUGUAUUCGACUGUCCCUUCCUGGUGAAGCACCUGACCGUGUUCAUCCCAGCAAUUGGAGGAGUGCUGUUUGUGUUCGCGGUCAUCUCUCUCCUGCACACCAGCUUCACUGACCCUGGCAUCCUGCCCCGGGCCACGCCGGACGAGGCCGCAGACAUUGAGAAGCAGAUCGAUAACUCUGGCUCUUCUACCUACCGACCCCCUCCCCGCACCAAGGAGGUGAUGAUCAACGAGCAGGUAGUGAAGCUCAAGUACUGUUUCACCUGCAAGAUCUUCCGGCCACCGCGCACCUCCCACUGCUCCCUUUGUGACAACUGUGUGGAGCGAUUCGACCACCAUUGUCCCUGGGUGGGGAAUUGUGUUGGGAAGAGGAACUAUCGUUUCUUCUACACCUUCAUCGUCUCUCUGUCCUUCCUGACAGCCUUCAUCUUCGGCUGCGUCGCUACACAUCUAGCACUGAGGGCACAAGGAGGGAGAGGCCUGAUGUUUGCUCUUCAGGAGAAUCCAGCCAGUGCUGUGGAGCUGGUGAUUUGCUUCUUUUCAGUUUGGUCGAUCUUGGGCCUCUCAGGCUUCCAUACCUACCUGGUUGCUUCUAACCUGACCACAAAUGAAGAUAUCAAAGGCUCGUGGUCGGGGAAGAGUGGGGCGGAGGACACUGCUAACCCCUACAGCUAUAACAACAUCAUUACUAACUGCUGCUCUGUACUCUGUGGACCCAUGCCUCCCAGUUUGAUUGACAGGCGAGGCUUCGUACCGGUGGAGGAGUCAUCCCAGACAGUUGCCACGGAGAUAGAGCUGCCCAUGCUGGCUGCUAAGAACGAGAUAAACGUGGGAACUAAAGACCUGUUGGAGUCGGCCUCUCCAUGCCCCCAGACAGGGAAACCCCAGACCGUCUCUACUUCCUGUCUAGACAGCAUCGACCCAACUGACCCUGCGGUGACCUUUAACCCUGCUGUGACCUCUGACCCUGUUGCUGUACCCUCUCUGACAUGCGGAGGCCGCCACCACAGCCAUACCACCAGCCCUCCGGACGAACCCCGCCAGCAGCACCGCCACCAUAACCGGCACCACAAGACCCGGUCAAAGCGGAGCAGCAGCAAGCGGGUUGCUCUCCACAUCUCCAACCCGGCUUACAACGUCAGCCUCAGCCCCCCCACCUUUCCAGGCCUGGGGCCUAGUCAUGGUACAGGGGCAGAGGACCACAGAUGAAGAGAAAGCUUUGCCGCGCUGCACUGACUCAAACAAACUCCCCCUUAGGGAAUGAGCCUGUGCCUUGCCGUCUUCCACAGCUCUAAGCUCUGCCAGUGACACAUUACAGCUUCCUAUCAGCAGAGGGUGCUACCUGCUUUGUGAGAUGCAGUGAGGGGGUGAAUGUGAUGUGAACAGUUACACUACCAGUCAAAAGUUUGGACACACCUACUCAUUCAAGGGUUUUUCUUAAUUUUUACUAGUUUUUACAUU